UUGGUAUCGGAUACGAAGGCAGGACCAAUCCAGGUUAAUUUAGGUCAGCAAGGGGCACUGGAUAUUUUCGAUCUUGACGAUUAUGCUGGUUUCGUGCGCGUCCGUUAUGUCAGUGAUCGCGAUUUGCAAUCAGCUCGAUUUGCAUGCCAUUACAUUGUCGGCCUGACUGUCGAUGGUUAUCUGUUGUUUUGGAAUGCAUCAACCAGCAUGCUUCUUCGAUCACUCAAACUGCUGGAGGAUGGUGAGAAGGCGAUUGAUUUUAUGUUGCUUGAUUUCACGCUGGAGAAGGAGGCCAAACUCAGUGAGAAUUGCAAAGUGGUGCUACUUUCGAAAGCAACAGACGACACCUAUCGAGUAAGUUUGGGCUGUGUGCACUUAUUUCCAGGUUUUGCAUUGGCAAAUGGGGGAACGAGUAAAUAG